UACGUAACGCAGUCUAACCCAUAAUGCAACGCGUUUGGUGGCGUUAUUGAAAGUAUCUUCCAAGUUCUCAAAUAUAAUAUAGAUUAGCGUUUGAGUAGCAAAUAAGGACAAACGUAAGACUAGUAGAAUUGCUAGUGUUAAUGAAUAAAGUGUCGAUUAAUACGUAACAACUAAGGCAAAAACAUGCGACUCGUCCGAGAUUCACCGCUAUUGGAUCACUUAUUUUUGUAAUGUUACAGACAACUGAUGAUGGACGGAUAUAACACUGGCAACGAAAAACUAAUCAGACCAACAGAUUUCACCUCACCAGCAAUUUCCAAAAAACUCCAGGAUGACUUGGUGCCUCCAUCAUAUUUUGCAUCAAGUGUCCAGGCUACUAGACCACCUGCAAUGGAUCACAUCUCAGACACACCACAGUGUGUCUCUUGGAUGAACUUGACUGUCCCACCAGCUUUACCGAACGAUCCAUGGCGUGUUUUCACUCAGAGUCAACAAGACGUAUCAACGCUGAGUAAAGAAAAUCAGUGCACCAGGGUGCUGCGAGGACACAACACAGGAGGGGACACUCCAAAGGAUAACCCGUCAGAUUUGAGAACAAGAUCCACCGAGAGAGGCGAGCAGCGGUCCAGAUGGGAAAUAGAGUGGUGUCUGGAGGCUGAAAGGCACAAAACAGAGGCUGAGCGGUUGACAGAGCAGAUGGAGGCCCUGAAGGAGGCUGAGCAGAGAUAUCGGGAAGAGAUGAGAGUAAAAGACAAUGCCAACAGCAGGCAGAGUUACGAUUUGGAGACAAUGCAUCAAGAAAUAAGCAAGUUGAGGACUGAACACAGCCAAAUGAAAGAAGAGCUCAUGCACUGUCGUGCACAGAAGGAGACAAUAAGCUCAAAGCUACAAAGACUUCAGAGGGAGUCUGAUGAGGAACUUGUGAAGCUGAGAAAGGAGAGGGAAGCUAAAGGAGAGAUGAGCAGGCAGCAGGAGGCAGAAAACCAGUCAUUUAGAUUGUCACAGCAAGUGCAACAAAUGCAAGAGGAAGAGAUGAGACUCUUGCGCGAGUCGACCAAUGUGGAGUUAGAAGCGGCCCACAAAUUAAACAUUGAACUGCAGAGCAAAUUUCAGACUCUGAACCAGGAGGCGCUGCAGCUGAAAAGCAGUCUGACAAUGGUGUCUGCGGAGAGAGAUGAGCUACAGGAACAACUAAGACAAACCAUACAAGCCAAUGAGACACUAUCGGAAACUUUGCACAGCCUUCGGAAUUACUUUGGCCAGCCGGUCAAUGACAAAGGAGAGUUGGAAGAUGUUGAGAGGCUGACCAAAGAGAAUUCAGCAUUACAAAGAACCGCAGAGCUUUUGACUGUCAGAUUUAACUCCAUGAGUGAGAUUGUCUCCCUCCAAGAAAAUAAGAUGCUGAAGGAGGCCUCAAAAGACCCGCUGGUGACAAAACGACCUGAUGGCCUCCAUGCACUUCACCUGUGGAGGAACAAGGUGUUCAAACUGAGCGUCCAGCUCCGCUUGAAGGAUGUGGAGCUGCGACGCGAGAGGGACCAGCAUUCCUCACAGCUCAAAUUCAUGGAGCUACAGCUUCAGGAGGAGCAGCAUCACACAACUCUCCUCCGGCGUAAUCUGGACGCCAAGAUAGCUGAGCUGGACCAGGAGAAAGUGGAAAAGGAGACUUUGCGACAGAACUUGGCACAGGCUUGCAAAGAUAUUCAACAGCUGAAAGAAUGUCUUCUAAGCAAAGAGGCGGAAAUUAAAAGCACAACAAAGGCUGUGCACAGGUUUAGUCUUGCAUUUCAUCAUCACAUGGCAAAAGUGGAUGCCGCACAAGCAAAACUCAACACCCUUGGUCAGAGGUUGAAUUUCGCCAGAGGCCGAGUAGAGACAGUCCAAGCUUUGUUCAUGAGGAGAGUUGCUCUGCACAAAGUCCAGCAGGCCAGUAAACCGACGGAACAGGCUGCUGAGAGCAUUAGACAUCUGCAGACAGAACUUCGUUUCGUGUGCAACGAGAACAGCAAACUCAGGCAUGAGCUCAAAAGAACCCCAGAAUUGAUUGAAAAGGCAUUGGCCGACAUGAAAGAACAGUAUGAGAACAAGCUGGGACAGAAGCAGCAGGAGCUAGAGCAGAUCUGCGUGGAGGUCCAGCAUGUCAUGUCUGGCAGAGAGGAGGUCCAGCAGAAUCUGCAGGAAGUCUUAGACCAGUUACAGGACAGCAAGAUGAAGCAGGAGAAACUCCAGUGUGAACUGCUCAGCCAGAAGGAGCACAGCGAACAAGUCCUGGAGGCACGGAUAUUAGAGAUCGAGAGCUGCUGUGCUGAAAAGCUGAGCGAGAUGGAGGUCCAAGUCAAUACGGCUAAGAGAGAGCACACCAAAGCAGUCCUGCACUUUAGUUCCUGCCGGCUGUUUCCGUACGGAUGUGGAUUGAAAACAAAACAUGAGUGUGACGAAGGACUACAGUCCCUUUGAAAAAAUCCUAAUAAUCUGUCAUCGUGGCUAGGUGACCUUUCCUGUUUUAUCGACAAUUUUUUCACUUUCUGCAGUAAUAAUUUUUACUUUCUCUUGUCACUCCAUGCAGAGAAUCAACAGCCAGACAGCAAGAUGGCAAAACCAAAUGUGAUAGUUGAUACUGUAACAGCUGGCUGUUUAGUGUGUCCCACCUAAUUGCACACUGUCUCUUUGUUUUGCUCGAGUUACCAAACCGCAAGUGCCUUUGUUCAUGAAACCAACCACGCUUCAUUCUUUCCAGUAUCUUCCUACCAAAGAAAAUUUACACCCAGUAUAUAUAUCGAAAGUUUUAUCGGAGUCAUUUUGUAUUGAUAUUUACGUGUAUAUUGCGAUAUAUAUUGUUGUUUUAUCGACCCAAGCCUAGUAUUUAGUGCUUACUCUAUCAUCCACAUAUUUUCUAUUAUUUUGAAGACAGGAAAAAUAUAUUGAUUUUUAAAAUCAGCUGUUUGUCCACACCAGAACAUGUGGCUUUAGGAAGCACUUGUGUGUACUUAUCUACUUUCUACAUAUACUCCAUAACUCUGCACUUUCAAUAGAUGCCAUACAGUAUAUUACACACAUCAACAUAACAAACAUUAAAGAGUCAAGGCUUUAUUUUACAAAAAAGCACAGGUUGUACUGUUUUAAUAUAAUUAAAAGGUCUAUUUUGCAUAAUACAUGACUC